AUGCACGAAUGUCGAACCCCGAAAAUUUCAAGGCGUUUGCAGAUGGAUAUUCCUGCAACUUGUUUUCAGUGCCUCUCGGGGUACUUGGAUCGAACUGGAGAUGGUGAUGUUUGUUCUGACCACUGGCUCGCGUACUUGCUUUGUGAAGUUGUGAUCAAGCUGAAAUCGAAUCCCGAAAUUGAGAAAGGAGGUGACACAAUGUAA